CGAAAACAGAGAAAAAUGGGAACAAAGCAAAACGGCAUCAAAACAUCGGCAGUAGAAGAGAAAGUCGCAGGCUUUUUUCGCGUUUACUGCUGUAUUUUGUGCGUUAAUUUCGGAAUUCCGAUGUGAAAUAGUUUGUCCACAACAGUAAGUUCGUUCUACUCAACAUGACGACUUUGGAAAAGCUACAAAACAGCUGCCGCCUGUGUCUGACUUCGAAAGGCGGAGGAGCAAUGGAUACCAGCAGUGAGCAGCAGCCGUGUUCUUCGGACUCGAAGGCUUUCGUGUCAAUCAAGGCCAGUUCCCUGCACGAUAAGUUGGCCAGAGUUUUCAGCUUCACGUUGGACGAAAUGGAGCAGCUACCGACGAAUGUUUGCCAGCAGUGCUGCAGCAUCAUCGGAGAGUUCUACGACUUCUCGGAAAAAGUGCAACAGAAUCAAUCGUAUUUACGGAUGCUGGCCGGGGAAUGCCAAGAAGUAAAGCACGACCCGGACCAAUGGACUGCCAGUACAUCCAAGAGCGAGAUUAUCGAGAUGGUUAAAGUUGAGCCUGAUCUGGAUAAUGAUGAAGUUGGCGACGGCGAGGAUGCAGAAAAGAAUUCAGGUGAGGAUGGAAGUGUUGGGAGCGGUGAUAACGAAAGCGACGAGGAUGUAGAAUCUGAGAUUGAGGAGGAGAAAGUUGUCGUCAGGACCAAACGGAAAUAUACGAGAAGAGCACCUUUGAAGCCGAAGAAGACGAAAAAGAAUGAUGGCCCUGAUCCGUCGAAAGAGUACAGAAGCAAACCCAAGGAUGAGAUUGAGGAGGAAGAUAGGUUGAUCCUGAAUUAUUUCAAAUUCAUUUGCGAACUUUGUCAGAUAUCUACGGAAACAUUCAUUGAUUUGAGAAAACAUUUCCGGGAACAACAUAAUCAGAAGGGCUAUCAUCGGUGUUGCAACAAGAAGCUAUUCAAACGCUGCCAUUUGUUGGAACACAUUCAGGUCCAUUUGAAUCCGCAUCUUUAUGGGUGUGAUCUGUGCUCGAAAAGAUUCAGUUCCAAAGAGUACCUACAGCUUCACAACAUGGAAUGUCACGCGGAGCAGGUCGAGCGCCCCUUUAAGUGCGAUAAAUGUCCGAAAAGUUUUAUUCAGAAAGGACAACUAUCAUCUCACAUGGGCCGGCAUCAGAUGUAUCAGUGCUCGAAAUGUGACAAAGUCCUGGCCGGGAAAGGAUCUCUCAGUGCUCAUAUGGUGAACAUGCACAGCGAUGAGGGGAAACAUAUUUGCGACACUUGCGGACGGGAGUUCAAAACGAAGCAAUGCUUUGAUAACCAUGUCCGGAAACACAUGGGUUUGGCGGAAGAUACGAGUAUCGCUUGUGAAAUCUGUCACGUGGUACUACAUAACAAGAUCACCCUCAAAAAGCACAUAAUCGCUAAACACACUCAAACGGACGAGAUUUUCAUCUGUAACAUUUGCAACAAGCAAGCUCCGAACAAGUUCGCCCUGGAAUCUCACAAGCGAAAAGUGCACUGCGAGGAAAAAUAUCAGUGCGAAUUUUGCGAGAAGCGUUUCAAGAACCCAAUUACGCUAAAAGAGCAUCGGGCAUCGCACACCGGGGAGAUUUUGUACACGUGUCCAUUCUGUGCCACCACGUUCAACUCCAAAGCCAACAUGUACGCUCACCGGAAGAAGGUGCACCCGUACGAGUGGGCCCAGGAAAAGAUGAACCGCAACAAGACUCAGCAGCUAACGGCGGAAUCGCUCCCGGAGUGAAAGCUUCCUAUUGGUAUUAUUAGCUUUCCAACAUAUCCAAAUCCAUGACACUCUGAAUUGGUUUAGAGUUGGAAAGAAAUAUGCGAUGAGCGUAGAAACAUCAGACUGGCGCGAAUACUGGGUGAGGUUCUGAAGUAAGCUGAACAGUCGUAAGAUUGUUGACAAGAACAAGGUCCGGAAAUGAAUUGUGGCAGGUGAUCCCAGAUCAAGACUACAUCAGUUCAACACCCUGACCGCUUGAAAGCGAACUGACAAAGGACCAUCUUCUGAGAGCGCUCUUCAUUGACGAUUGUGCACGAACUAUUGCAUACAACGAACCCUUCGGAUGACCUAGGAAAGCAACCGCACGUGCUCUUCGGUCUAUUGGUGAAAUCAGAGUAUAAAAAGCAUCGUCGCAUCAAAUCCAACAAUGGAUUAUAAUUGUAACUGUGUGCUAGUUUUACAGAAGCAGGCAAUCGAAGUAAUGCCUCAGAGCCGUAAACAUUAUGAGGAACUAGGAAAUUAUCGCUCGAAAUUGGCUCUACAAUACUUCCGGGAGUAUCGAGUUACGAGGUAAGUAUAAAACCAACUGCCUAUGAAUCGAAAUAGUAGUAGUGUAGCAGUAUUGUUGGGUAGUGGACGUGUUGUGUGAGAACCCAUUAAUUUUAUUUGGAUGUUUCAUUGAAAUUUGCCCAUGAGCCAAUUCGUGAUUAAACCUCAACAUCCCACCGCAAAAUCGCUAGUGUUUGGAGGUGAUUUUAACCUCCAAAUUGCUAAAUAACUUCCAAAU